ACACACCCUCCUAAGUCCUCACGCGUUCCUCUUCAGAGCUUUUUGGUUUGCCCUCAAACAAACCCUAGCCAUCUAACCUCCACCACCGCCGCAGGGAGUGAGGCACUACCGCCGUCCGUCGCGCUGUCGUCGUGCUCCAGGUCUCCAACCCCUGUUCAUUCUCACAGUCUCACCAAUUGCAGAUUCUUCCUUGCGAUCCACAUUCGCGCCUGGUUUUCGUCUGCUCAGCCGUGCUUCUGCCGUCGUCAGUCGUCGUGCCCGUCGCCUGAUCGCCAUCGUCCGUCGCACUGCUCUUCCUCACACUCUGUUCAAACUGCUCAGCUCGAAGGUAAUGGCUUCUCUGCUCACUCCUCCACGUCACCAGAGCCCUUGGUCCUGAGAUUCUCGUGUUCGAUUGUCACGGCGGAGGGCCAUACACCGACGUCGCCGACAGCCGGAUUCUAAAGUGGGAAGGAGAUGAAGUUGGUUGGACUUAGUUUGCUGUCACCUCUUCCAAUAGUUGUCUCAGUCUUUGACACACAAAAAAAUCACAAGAGGAUAGUGUGAAGGCAGAUUGUUGUGAUGGAUCUACAAGGCUUGCCUGCGAGUCAUGGAUUUCACAUGCCUGCGGAGUGGGAACCUCACACUCAAUGUUGGAUGGGUUGGCCUGAACGCCCAGAUAAUUGGAGAGAGAAUGCUGUUCCUGCUCAAGAUGUGUUUGCCAAGGUAGCAUCUGCAAUCUCAAGAUUUGAGGAUGUAACUGUUUGUGCUAGUUCUGGCCAGUGGGAGAAUGCCAGGAGAAUGCUACCUGAACAUAUCAGGGUCGUUGAGAUCAGCAUGAAUGAUUCUUGGUUUCGUGACACCGGACCAACUUUUGUUGUGAAAAGAUCAGAGUCUGGAAAGGCAGAGCAAACUAUUGCAGGAAUUGACUGGAAUUUUAAUAGCUGGGGAGGGUUAGAAGAUGGAUGUUAUACUGAUUGGAGUUUGGACAUCCUUGUUGCUAGGAAGAUUUUGGCAAUUGAGAAGGUUCAUAGAUUUUCACAUUCAAUGAUACUUGAAGGUGGAAGCAUACAUGUUGAUGGAGAAGGUACUUGCCUUACCACUGAAGAGUGUCUCUUGAACAAGAACAGAAAUCCUAUGAGUAAGAACCAAAUAGAGGAUCAACUUAAGACAUAUCUUGGAGUCAGCAAGAUUAUAUGGUUGCCCCGUGGAUUGUAUGGAGAUGAUGAUACUAAUGGCCAUAUUGAUAACAUGUGCUGUUUCACUAAUGGCCAUAUUGAUCAUAUGCUGUCUUGGACUGAUGAUGAAAGUGAUCCUCAAUAUGAAAGAUCUAUGGAAGCCUAUUCUCUGCUUUCUAAUGAAACUGAUGCCAAUGGUAGAAAAUUUGAAAUCAUUAAACUCCAUGUUCCUGGACCACUAUAUAUGACGGAAGAGGCAGCCGGAGUAGUGCAGGGUGAUGAUGGUAAGGCAAAACUUCCAGGUACUAGGCUUGCUGCUUCCUAUGUGAACUUUUACAUUGCAAAUGGAGGUAUCAUUCUACCACAAUUCGGAGAUAAGAAGUGGGACGAUGAAGCUGUUCGAGUCCUAUCAAAGGCCUUCCCAGAUCACAAAGUUGUUGGAAUCGAAGGUUCAAGGGAGAUUGUUUUAGCUGGUGGAAAUAUACACUGCAUUACUCAGCAACAACCAGCCUUUUGAGCAAAGUACUGUCAACAUUUGUUCACGAGUGUUGUAUUUGCAUUGAAAUUUGUAGUCUAUUAAACUGCUUGGUUCAUUCCAUUAAUUUUCAAAUAAUUGAUCCACAUAGAGGCACAAAAGUGUGUUUGAGUGCAUUGAAAAUAAAUGUAAACUGGCAUUUUUCAAGUUGGAAAAUCUAAAUGAAUGAAUAAAUUAGACAUUUCUAGUUUUUACUUUGUAAAGGUAUUUGAAUGCUUCCAACUAUGAUCUACCAUGUAUCUAUGGAAUUUUUCUUCAUUUUUCAA